CCAGAGUAUAAAUGAAGUUACACGCGCUGUGAAGAAGCUUUAACAGUGCAUGUGCGCGAGACGGAGCCCAGGAAAUACUUCCCGGCAUACCCAUAGUGUACAGUUUACUUGACAACCAAGAUGGCGGACACACAAGAAACAGAAACACCUGCAGCUCCUGAGCAAGCUGAAGCAACUGAGGCAACUGAGGAGGCAACACCUCCAGCCACAGAGGCUGCUGCUGAUCCUGCUGAAGUACCUGCAGAAGCACCUGCAGAAGGUGCUGCACCUGAAGAGGUUCCGGAGGGGACGGGAGGCGAUGGAGGGGGAGAGCAGGCUGAGCAGGAGGGAGAGAAACAACCUGAUGGGGAUGCAGCACCUGAGGCCGAAGCCCCAGCUGAAGGAGAAGCUAAGGAAGGGGAAGCAACUCCUGCUGGUGAAGGUGAAGGAGGGGCUGUUGAGGGAGAGAAAACUGAGGAUGGAGAGGAGAAACCCCAGACCCCCGCAGCAGGGGAGGGAGAGCAACAAACUGAGGGAGAGGCAGAAAAAAAGGAAGGUGAACCAGCAGUGGAAGAAGGCGGGGAGGCUGUGACAGAGGGGGGUGAGGCAGAGGGAGAGGGUAAGGAGGCACCUGAUGGGGAGGUGAAGCCAGAGGGGGAAGCAGAUGGGGAGGGUGGAGCGGAAGGGGCAGCUGAGGGAGAACAAGCACCUGCUGAAACUGGGGAAGGGCCGGCUGAGGCAGGAGAUGGGGAGGCGCAGGCUGAGGGUGAAGCUAAGGAGGAAGGGGCUGAACAGACUGACACCCCGAGAGAAGAGGAGGGCAAGUCACCCCUGCCUCAGAGUGACACAUUUGCUGAGGGAGAGAGGCCAGAGAGUACUUUGGGUGUUGGGGAGAAACUAUCAAGGGAGCCAACUCCUACUGGUGAUCAAGGGGAGACAAUCCAACCAGACAUGUUGGUUCCAACCACACCAGAUAGACAAGCAUCUCCAGAGAUGGGUGAGCCGGUUCAGCAGACGUUGUAUGAGGAGGAUGAGAGGGAGGAGAGGGAAGGAGAUGAUGAAGUGGAAGCUGAAGAACCCGAGUUUGACAGAGAUCUGCUCAUAGAGAGAUAUCAUGCUGCUCUACAGGAGAGGGAACAGCUGCAGGGGCAGAACUACCAGCUGCAGCACAAGCUGGCCGAGUACUUCAGGAAGAAGAAGGCCGACGAGAGACAAGACUAUGACAAAAAUGUCACUGACCAGGAACAAAGAUACCUCAAAUAUAUGGCUCAGCUGGAGGAACUGCGUCGGCAGGAGCAACACGAGGGGGAGAACUCCCAGUUACUGAUCGAGGAGUUCAAGGACAGGUGUGAGGAGAAGAAGGCCAAGGUUGAUGAGGAGAGGAGCAAGUUUAUGGACUUCCGCAACCAGGUGGCACUCAACGCCAUCAACAGUCGCUCUGGCAAACCUAUCCCACCCAAGGACAUCGAGCAGUAUCUGUCCAAUGCCAACAGGAAGGAGGGAGAGGUUGUGACAGUCCGACUCGAGAACAUCAAACUGAAAAAUAAACUGAAGAAGAAGGAGCAACAGCUGAAAUCCAAGGAAGAGUUGGCCGAAGGUCUUCACCUGAUUGACUUUGAGCAGCUGAAGAUUGAGAACCAGACUUACAAUGAGAAGAUUGAAGAGAGAAAUGAGGAGUUGCUGAAGUUGAGGAAGAAGAUCACAAGCACGGUGCAGGUCCUCACUCACCUCAAGGAGAAGCUGCAGUUUGUGUAUGCAGAGAACCAUGUGCAAAAGGGCAACCUGAAGGAUGUGGAGGCUUAUGUAGCUCAGAGACGUGAUAUUCUAUCUCGGACAAAACAAGCAAGAGACUCACUGCGUAUAGACAACCAGCGGUUACGUCAAAACUGUGGUCUACUUGGUAACGAGCCUUUAUUGAGAGACUUUGAGGAACGCAAAGAUGAAAGUGAUGAUCUUAAGGAUCAGUUAGAGAGUCUCAGAAUGCAGCAUGCAGAAUUAACCCUUAACUGUAACCAAGUGCGCAGGAAAAUAGAGCAAGCUCGCUCAGGACGUCAAUGAUGUGCCCCCAGUACAACUACACCGUCCAUACACACUGAACAUGCCAAAUGCUGCCCUAAGGAAAAUAUGGGAUCAAGUCAUAAAUCUUGAUUUAAGAGAUGAAACGAAAGAAAAUCUGGAUGCAGGCCAUCUAUUAUAGUUUUAAAACUUUUAAUUCUAAUACAGCUUGAAGUUUUAAAAAUGAAUUUUGACAUUCCGUCCAUGUUUAUUGGUUAUUGUAAAUACAAUCAUACCAUUUGCACAUGAUGAUCAAUCUUAGCAUUGUGUACUAAGUCGUAAGAUUGUGCUGUGCAAAUGGACUCAGUGUUAUUAAUAUCAAUAAUGUAUACUUGUUCUGUGAAUCAUUUGUAUAUAAUAUAAACCCCAUGUUUACUUACA